AUCCUUUCUUUGUCGACCAUAAAAACACAGAGCUGAAAAUAGAACACAUAAAUCAAGAAUAUAUUAUAAAAUAUCAUAAAAUCAAGGAAGAAGCUUCUAAAAGGGAUUUUUUGAGCUUCUUCUGCUUCAAAAAUGGUGGCAAUUCCGAACAGCUCCUUUGCUUCUUUACUUCUUCCAGGAAAACAUUGUCAGAGAAAACCUGCUGUAUCAAUGGAUGCUGGAGAGAAUCUAUCUGCUGGUGGGGAAAGACUUAUAUAUUGCAGAAAUCACAACAAAAACUUAGAUAUUUUAGGAAGAAAUGUUUCAUAUCUCUCCAUGCACUCUGAUAGAGACCUAAGGCUUAAAACUGCAUUCUUUGGACAGAUGGGGCCUCUGAACUUAAAUUCUUUAGUAGUUAGUGGUGGUGCAAGUAUGAAGCUUACUGAAUAUGGAAAAAGAUUACUAAGAGGUUAUGUUUGUUUUCUUUCAUCCGAUCAAUCUAGUUACUACUGGGUUCAGUCGAAGAAACUUGGCAAGCUUGGUAUGUGCUACAAUGGGCAGUUCCAACAAUCUGAAUUUCGUCAGAAAACCAUGAUGCGAGCAGACUUCAAGUCAGAACAAUAUGACAUAACAGGGUUAAAUUUGGACUCCCUUAAGCCUCCAGAUUCCCCUAAUGAAGGUAUUGCUCUCAAUGAAUACAUACAGAAGAUGACUUACUGGUGGGAGCAAUUUCCAAAGCGCUGGAUGAUAGUAUUACUUUGUUUCUCAGCAUUUCUUCUCUGCAAUAUGGAUCGCGUGAACAUGAGUAUUGCUAUACUCCCCAUGUCUAAAGAGUUCAAUUGGAACCCUGCUACUGCUGGUUUGAUACAAUCUUCUUUCUUUUGGGGUUACUUGCUCACCCAGAUUCUUGGGGGGAUAUGGGCUGACAAGCUUGGCGGAAAACUCGUAUUGGGUUUUGGGGUAGUUUGGUGGUCAAUUGCAACUGUGCUCACACCUAUUGCUGCAAGGAUCGGACUGCCUUUCUUGCUUAUAAUGAGAGCUUUCAUGGGAAUUGGUGAGGGAGUUGCAAUGCCUGCCAUGAAUAAUAUACUCUCUAAGUGGAUUCCAGUUUCAGAGAGGAGCAGAUCUCUUGCACUUGUAUACAGUGGGAUGUACCUUGGUUCAGUGACAGGAUUCGCCUUUUCGCCCAUGUUAAUCCACAAAUUUGGCUGGCCAUCUGUCUUUUACUCCUUUGGUUCCCUUGGGAUUAUCUGGUUGGCGAUUUGGUUAAAUAAAGCACACAGUUCUCCACAAGAAGAUCCUGAGCUUAGGAUUGAAGAGAAAGAGCUAAUCCUUGGAGGUAGUAUUGUGAAGGAUCCUGUUACAGCCAUACCAUGGAAAUUAAUCUUAUCAAAAGCACCGGUUUGGGCUUUAAUCAUCUCCCACUUUUGCCAUAACUGGGGAACUUUCAUUCUGCUAACAUGGAUGCCUACAUACUACAACCAGGUGUUGAAGUUUAACCUCACUGAGUCUGGUCUAUUUUGCGUCUUACCAUGGUUAACCAUGGCAGUGUUUGCAAACAUAGGAGGGUGGAUUGCAGACACACUUGUGAGCAAAGGUCUAUCCAUAACUACGGUUCGCAAGAUUAUGCAAUCAAUUGGGUUUCUCGGUCCAGCAUUCUUUCUCACACAACUGAGCCAUGUCCAUACUCCUGCAAUGGCUGUACUGUGCAUGGCAUGCAGUCAGGGGUCUGAUGCAUUCUCACAAUCUGGCCUCUAUUCUAAUCAUCAGGAUAUUGGUCCCCGUUACGCUGGUGUACUAUUGGGCCUAUCAAACACUGCAGGAGUGCUUGCUGGUGUCCUUGGGACUGCGGCGACUGGCUAUAUACUCCAACGUGGCUCGUGGGAUGAUGUUUUCAAGGUUGCAGUGGCAUUGUAUGUAGUGGGUACUUUUGUUUGGAAUUUUUUCUCUACAGGUGAGAAGAUUCUCGACUAACGAGAUCUACAAAGGAGUGAGAAAAUGGUGCCUAAUAUAUAGAAGAAAGGUGAAGCAUGGAAGGUAAAUUUCCCUGAGAUGGAUAUAUGGCAUGGCUCAGUUGUAUCAAUCAAGAAAAUUUCAAUGGCUUACUAGAUACAAGCACACAAGCCGUAUCGGUUCCACUAAAUUAUUGAGUGGUUCCAUGGUAUAUAUGGGGGGCUAUGAGAUGCCAUUUUUGCAGCUCCUUCAUGUACACCACAGUUUACUUGGAAUCAUGGUGGUGGGACUAGAGGUCCUUGGCCCUAUUAUUCUUCAUUCCAUCAUUAUUUAUUUUAGAAAAUCAUGAAAAGUUUAUUUGUUGAAAAGAGAAUGAUAGUCAACAAACUAAACUUUCAGGAAAAGUUAUUUAUUUUAGAAAAUCAUGAAAAGUUUAUUUGUUAAAAAGAGAAUGAUAGUCGAUAAACUAAACUUUCAUGAAAGGUAACUUCUAUUUUUCUGAAAUCGGAUGGAAUUUUCCCAUCAUGGGAUUGUUAUACACGUCGAGAUCCUGUUUCGGACCAAGCACAUCACAGUGGAUUGCCAAUUUAUUUGGGGGCGAGUUA